AGUUCACCAGAGUAGUUCUGCAAGGCAUCUUGACCUGCUGCCUGUCAAAUAAGUCCUGGAAAAAAACUUCACUAGCCAGAAGAUCAGAAGUAGGUCUCAAUGACAAUUCUGAUGUUGUUGAGCGUCGCGGCCAUGGCCGUGGCCGCCGUGGAGCCAGCCAGCACUCCCGCCCCUUCUGCAGAGGGGGACACGAGCAAUGUGCUCCUUGGAAAGUCCGUAGUGUCCAGCCUCCUCGUCGCCACGGGCUUCAGCGAGGCGUGUGUGGCCGAAGCUCUGGACACCUGUGCACCCGCCUCCGUGCACCGCCCAACGCCGCCGAACCCACUGGUGCAGGAGGCGAGAGAGCUGCUGCAGGAGGUGCGUCAAGUCGUGAAUCACUACGACAACCGACCGCGUCACUGCAAGGACCUGCUGGACGGCGGGGACAGCGGCAAGGGCAUUCGCCAAGUGUACCCCAUCACUGGGCAGCCCCACCGCCGCGUGGCAGUGUUCUGCGACCAAACGACUGAUGGAGGGGGCUGGACGGUGUUCCAGAGGCGCACAAACCUCACCGUCCGGGAAGAUUUUAACCGGACAUGGAGAGAAUACGACUUGGGUUUCGGCCAUCUCGAGGGCGAGUUCUGGCUGGGCCUGGACCUGCUGCACGGACUGACAUCGGCGGCCCUUCAGGAACUGCGCAUCGACAUGGCGGAUUGGGACGACGUAAAACGGCACGCAAAGUACGGCUUCUUCUACGUCGGCCCUCCAAGCACCAAGUACCGCCUCAGUGUUGGAAGGUGAGCCAAGAUCUUAUGGGAGAGCUUU